GAAAGCAUGGUUGUUUCGACUAGUUGAACGUACUGGGUUUAGUGAUGACGAAAAUUUCAACAUGGAAUUUCAGCAAAUGGACUUUCAAUUUCUGGAUUUGAAUGAUAUACCUGAAAAAGAAGUUAAUGAACUAUGUGAGAUCCUUAAUCCUGCAGAUUCAAAUUCCUACGUUGAACUCCCUUGGAGAUAUGAAACAGCUGUGAACAACUUUUCAUCAGCAACAGAUGAAAAUGGAGACAUUCAGUUGGAAUGUGAAAAUGAAGAGUCAACUCUCGUGUGCUACACCAAUUACGACAGCACCGGAGCAUCGCACGACGUUACCGAAAUCAACACUGCUGUGGCUCCUCCACCAUUCUUGCCUGUUGUCACUAGCAUUUCCUAUCUUCCUGCAGAACAGCCUUUUUCAUUCAUACCUCAUACAUAUCCAGUUAUUCCACAGUAUUUAGGUUUACCUUUAUUCACACAGAAUGUUCACCAACAAGAUUUAAACAUCGUUCAAGCAUGUCAUUAUCCUUAUCCUCCUCCUAUCUCAAACGUUGGUAGUUUCACAAGUGUUACUGAUAAAACUGAAGGUCAAGACUCAAAGCAGAAUGGUCAAUCUUCAUCCGAUAAGCAGUAUCUUCGAAGAAAUAAGAAGAAGCGUUCAUUUAGCUAUUAUGCCUCUUCUGAAAUGUGCGUGAACACUGAUGCUUACCAGCCAGGAUCUGUGGUCCUCGAUAGCCAGAUGGCCACAAUGAUCCCUCUGAAUGAUCAGUCGGUCUUGUCUCAUAACCCAGUGGUGCCUUUCAAUGUUCCACCCCCUAAUUACCCCAUGACAAAUGGAACUAUACCUAUGGCUGGGAUGGGAUCGAGUUACCCCCAUGAAAUAACAAUGCAUUAUUCUUCAAUGGCCAAUCCGCAUACGGGAUCGGCGCCGAUGUUUUGUGUGCCUGUGAUUCCCUCACCCUAUCACCAUGGUUACAUGCCCCACCCUACUCCUUCCACUGCUGUACACCAAGUAGUAGGUAAUGGUCACGCCUGUGAUCAGUAUUUACCCGACGUGUGUGUGACUACAUCUGAUGUUCAGAAUGGUUAUAACUAUUGUGAGACAGUGAUGAACCAUCAGCCAAACAGUGAUAAUAAAAGUGUAGAUUUAAAUGUAGAUAAUUGUGUAAAUACUUGUAUAAACCAACAGAGUGUUGAUAGCAAUGGUGUUUCUGAUUCCGAGGGAAUUCUCUCCAAGCAGACUGUGGCAGGAUUCGAAGCAGAAACUUGUAGAGAUGAACACGGUGAUAUACAACUCUCGGAGUUAUCCAACACUAGUGAAGUGUCUGUUUCUCCUACUCUGGUUACUGUUGAGUCAGAAGUUGAGAAAAAGCCAGAGUGGGUGUUGGGAGAUGCUACAAGCUCUGAUAUUUCGCUGACUGACUUGUCAGAAAAUAGUAAUCGGCGCUUUUCUUCGUGUUCGUCAGAAUUGUCUGCAUUAAGUGUAAAGUUAACUGAGAAAAGUGUGGGUGUUACUGACAAAGAUAGUUGUGAAAUAGAAAAUCACAAUGAAAAAACAUCUUCAGAAACUGAUGGGUACGUAUCUCUACCCAAGUCUGUUUUAUCUGGUGAUAUUCAAACGCGUGAUCAAGUUGAAAUGGAUAUGCCAGAUAGUGGUAUUCAACAGCACAGAUCCUGGGCAGAUCUGUUCAAGAUGAUGAGUUUAGGAAACUCCACAUCUGAAAAAGAUGCUGUAACUGAGACGGAGGCAGCUGCCUGCACAACUACCACUCGCAAGGUCUCGGAGGUGUGCCUAAAGAAUCAUGUUUCUACAGACCUCACGGCUUGUAAAAUAGCAAAGAUACUGAUUAGUGUACGACUGAAUCAUGCUGCUCAGUUUCUAAUUCCCCGAGGACUGGUAAAUCGUAGCAACUGGUGCUACGUUAAUGCCAUCUUGCAAGCAUUAUUGGUGUGUCCUCCACUUUAUAACCUGUUGAAGAGGUUAUCUCGGGAUGGAAUAAACAGAAAUAACUCUUCAACCCCGGUCAUUGACAGUCUGACGUGUUUCAUGAAUGAGUUCUCGCCAAUGCCAUAUGGCAGCAAGAGGAAGAGAAAAGAAGAUCUCAGUUUUGGGGUUCCUUUCGAACCUCACUAUGUGUACUCCUUGCUCACUAUUCUGAAACCAGACUGUGUUCAGGAUUGCCAGCAAGACGCUGAAGAGGUUCUUGGUUUUUUGCUUAAUGGACUCCACGAAGAAAUGGUGGCUGUGCUUGAUAACUUCAAGAAUUCUGUAGACAAAAAAUGCAAUGGGCAUGAAGACAACUUGUCAAAUGGACACAUCACAGAACAUGAACCUGAAGAAAACAAGAAUGUGACUAUAAAUUCAAUGUGUUUUUUGGACUCCCCCAUCUCGGACAUAUUUGGCGGGCAACUGACGACAGUGCUAACUGCAGGAGAUGAAAUUUCAACAAACCUACAGCCUUUCUUCACUCUACCAUUGGACAUUCAGGCUGACAAUGUCCAGUGGGUGAAUGAUGCUCUAGCUCAUAUGACGGCAAAAGAAUCGAUCCAAGACUACACUUGUACGGAGACCAAACAAGAGGUCGAGGCAUUUCGUCAAAGCUCUUUCAGCAUUCUACCUCUGGUACUUAUACUCCACCUGAAGAGAUUUGUGUACAACAGGGGUGGACCUAAGAAAAUUCUUAAGGAUGUUAACUUUUCGAUAGAUCUAGAAAUAUCAGAAGAAACCUUGUCUCCAGGUGUCAGAAGGAAGUAUAGUGCCCGAGCUCUACGAUCUUAUAAACUGUUUGCUGUGGUAUGCCACGAGGGAAAAGACUUGAGCAAAGGACACUACAUUACCGACGUGUACCACGUUGGAAGCGGCAGUUGGCUUCGCUGUGACGACAGCACGAUUACCGUUAUCACAGAUACCCAACUUCUUUCGCCCAGUCCACCAAGAGUUCCGUACAUGCUUUUUUACCGACGACUGGACACUCUUCAUCCUUGGAAUCCGACAAAGUAGCGUCGUGGGGCUGAGACAUAACUUGUCUUCCUUUUGUGGCUAUACCUCGACAGUCGAUAGUGGAAUGUUCAGCUUGAGUUGCAAAGUGCCGUAUUGUAAAAAAUCUUGUGCUAUGUUGUUUUUCUUUUUUUUUAUUAACAUUAGUAUAAUGAAACUUGGGUAAAUAAACGAUCGUUGUUUUUAAAGCUCCACGUCGUCAUCAUGAGCAUUUCUACGUAACUCGGCCAUCCAGAUGGAAUGAACCAAAAUGCAAAUGUAAGUGUUAAAAUUGUGCGUGAAGAAAGUGUUAGCAUAUAGUUCAGCAAGCAGUAACAAAUGUUGCGCAGCAAAAGACUUUGUAUUCAAGGUAUUGUGAUUUCAAUAUGAACAUUUACAAUCAUUGUAAAAAUUGUACAGAUUAUAUAUAAAUAUAUAUAUAUAUAUAUAUAUAUAUACACACACUCAUAUACAUAUUAACACGCAUAUAUUUUUUUCAGAGGUAGUUACUCUUGUGCUGAUUGUUUGUUUGACAUUAGAAGUUAGGAAUUGUUUUUGAAUUUGCUAAUUAUUUUGAAUAUUUAACAAUCUGAGGAUAUUGGAUUUUUUUUUUUGUGUGUGUGUGUGCCCCAGUAUAUGAUGUGAAGUACACUGCUCGUGAGCAAGAAAAAAAAACAACACCUACAAUUCUGGUAAUGUUUUUGUGGUAAAAUGUGAUUUAAAGGUUCUGAUGAACCCACAAGUCAUGAAAUAAUGUAUAUUGAUUAUUAAAAAAACAUAUUGUAAGUAUAUUUUUCAUUGAUGUAUAUUAUGUAAUUGGUAAUAUUUCUUUUUAAUGAUAUUUAAAUAUAGAGUGUUUCUGUAGCUUCUGGAAAGUUAAAUUAGUCCUAAUGAGCAGGGAAUGUAUUGAUAGUUGAUGUUGAUAAUGAGGUUUGGAUAUUGAUUGCCUGCGUUAAAAAAUUCUAAGUUAUGACAACUCCAAAGUAUUUUCUGUAAUGAUUUAUUGUAUCAAAUUGGAAAUAUUGUAUUGUUGGCACUGGUGACCUGGUGGUAACAUCUGUUACUUAUUAACCUGGUGGCGUGGCAUCUUUUUGUUUUGGUAAGUGUUUUGGAAGUGUUGAUUUGAUAAUCUACCAAUAAGCCAAAUAGUUUACCAAACAUGUUAAAUGAAAAAAAAAAUUGGUGAUUCAUCAAAUCACGCGGGCAGUUUUUCUAGAGGACACUAAUAAGUUCAUUAUUAAUUAUUGUGCUUAUUCUAGGUUUGUUUCAGAUUUGUCUCUUACAUAUAUAAAUCAAAGUUGUAGUUUAAAAUUGAUGUGAUGUCAGCCUAGUAACUUUAAAUCACUAUUGACAUCAGUUCAUCAUUGUUUGUCAUCACAUGUUUUGGUUUUGUAACAUAGAAGUUGUACAUUAGGGUUUUAUAUUUGUGACUUGCUUGUAUUAAUCGUAAUUCUCAAGUGUGCGACCUAACUCUUUAUUAAGUAAGAAAAAAACUUUAACCCACUCAGGCAUAUUAAAAGUGUAGUUAAUUGUACAAUUGUAGUAGGUAUUUUUUGUGUGUAUAUAGUUUUUAGUGUGUUAUGACAUAAGAAAAAUGCCACCUAGUUUCAGUUUUAGAAUUAUCUCCAACUCUGCUUCUAAUUGAAUUUUGUUCAGAAUUAAAUAUAUACCAGCUUCUACAUUAACAACGGAUACACCCCCUAGUCUCCAAGAAGAGAUGUAGGCACUGUAUGAUAUUGUAUUUGUAAAGGGUCAGUUAAAGAAAUAUCUUUAAUAGAAAAAGUAGGUUUUAGUCUUAAUCAGUUUUAUGGUAUCUGUUUACCUUUUUUUUUUAUAUGAUUUCAGUGCUAUGUUGUGUUCAAACAUUAACUUUUUCACUCGUACAUAUAUGCAUGUCUUUGGUUUUGUUUGUAUACAUGUUACAAAGAAAUUCUUGAAAAAAAACAACAAAGGAUUUAAUAUGAUUAGGUGUUGCAGCCCUACCAUUACAAAAUGUUAUCCCUAAGACUUUCUUUGUCAUGUAGUACUUUGUACGUUAUGGUAAAAAAUUUUUAAUUGUUUCAAAACAUAAAUGAAGUUAGCUUUUUAGUGUAUAAAAGAAAAAGUGUUGAUUUUUUAAGUGUUAUGUUGUGAUGCUGAGUAAAAUAAAAUAGAAACCAUCAUUUAUACAGAUUUAUCUAUUUAAAUAUCGGAGAUCCUUUUAGGUUGUUGUGUAUGGUAUUUCUGGUGGUAUGGAAAUAAAAACAUCUUGGAGUUUUCUCGUGAA